AUGGGCUGCGGGGGCAGCCGGGCCGACGCCAUCGAGCCCCGCUACUACGAGAGCUGGACGCGGGAGACCGAGUCCACCUGGCUGACCAACACGGACUCCGAGAGCCCGCAGCAGGAGGGCAGCGCCGAGGGCCCCGGCCGGGAGCAGGGCGGCCAGCGCCCCGGUCUUCUGGAGGAUGGGAAAUUGGCUCACACAGGUGUAUCCACAGCAUCAGCCACAGCUGGAAUGCUGAACACUGAGAAGAGGAACUGUGGCUCUCAGUCUGCAAACCCCACAGUCCACGGCAUGGGAACUACAACACAGAGACAGAAUGGCUUCAGGACCACAGAGAGUAAAUGGGACACACAGAAAAUGUCCACACAAGAAGUCACCAUUAAUGCUACAAAAGGCAUCAGACAAAGUGACAGAAGAAAAACAAAGAAUUGUGCCAAUUAA